UGCUGGGCAUCGCUACUUAAGCCGGCCACGUUUAGGCUUCGAUUUCAUUUUCUGCAUACUGAAUUUCCAGUUCGUCAUCGCAUUCUGAAGCCAGUAUUAGCUCUUAUUAUUUCAAUUGAAUUUUUUUUUAAUUUGAAAAAAAAGCGAACUGGGUUUCCCAGUGGUGUCACUCUUCUUCUUCUUGCUUUUGACGGCUAUUUAAAUAAUGUAUGUUGUAUUGUUAAUUAAUGGCAAUAUCGAAUUAAACCCCUUGAAACGAACAUAUUUAUUAUGCAGGCACAUCCAAUCUAUUUUUAACUCUUACGCAGUCUGUGCACGUUGUGUAAUGGGCUUUGGUUGCUGAGUUUUUCUUUUCAGCAAGGGGUAGUGUUAGGCUGAUUUUCAGCAAAUGUGACAAGUGGCCUUUGCAGUGGUCAGUUUCAAGCUUUGAACCCUUCCUUGGAAAAAAAGGGGGGACAGGAAGCCCUUGCCGCUGCAGCUUGUUUAAAAAACACCUUGGAUGAGGACAUCUUUUCUUGCCCUCCUAUUUCCUCCUGCUCUUGCCAUUGAUAAAUUCAGCUAUUCUGAUACAGUCUAUUCAAGCAAGCAGCUUUUGAGUACAGCCUCCAUGUAUUUAUUUACUUUUAGAAGACCAAGAUUUCAGUGACUUUCCGUCGUUUUGUAUAAAAAUGGCUGGGUGCAUUGUCAUUCUAAGGCUUCAUUAAGACAUAUAUACAGAUGACCGUCAUGUCUCACUUAAAGGAUCUCAAAGAUGACUUCCACAGUGACACUGUCCUCUCCUUCUUAAAUGAACAGCGUAUUCGGGGUGUUUUGUGUGAUGUCACUAUAAUUGUAGAAGACACCAAAUUCAAAGCCCAUAGCAAUGUCCUGGCUGCUUCAAGCCUUUAUUUCAAAAAUAUAUUUUGGAGUCGUACAAUCUGUAUUUCUGGACAUGUAUUAGAAUUAGAUGAUCUCAAGGCUGAAGUGUUCACAGAAAUUCUUAACUACAUCUACAGUUCCACUGUGGUCAUUAAACGGCAAGAGGCUGUUUUAGACCUUGCAGCUGCAGGAAAAAAACUAGGAAUAUCAUUUCUGGAAGGCCUUACAGAAAAGAAUUUCUCAAAUUCGCCUUGUCUAUACUCAUUUUGCAGUACAGAGAAGGGUGAAGUGAAAGAAGAGAAAAGGCAAGAAGAGUCUGCCAUCACAAAUGGACCAAGAAUCACAAAUGCGUAUUCAAUUUUUGAGUCUGAGAAUAGUAAUAAUUUGUUUUCUCCUCUUGACCUGCGAGCAAGUUUUAAAAAAAUUCCUGAGACAACUAAAGCAUCCCAAGUUGAUCAAGAGACAAACAAUGCUUGCAAAGACUUAGAGCCAGCUAGUACAUUAGCUGAACAUUCCUAUGCUGUUACUGCAAGUUGUGAUGCUUUUCAGCGAAAUUCAUUUUAUCACCACGAGAGCAGUCCCCUAUGUAAAAUAACUGAGAAUGGUUCUGAAGCAGUUCAGCCAGUACCUCCAGCUGAAUCAACAGCUCGAGUGUUUAGUACAUCAAAGACUGCUUUUAAUUCCCAGGCCACUGAUGUGGGUGCAAUACAGGUACCAACCCACAAAGGAGCCAACACAGAGGCUCCCCAUAAAGCAGUAACUGAUCAGACAGUUCCUUUUCAAAAAACCCAUACAAAUUCUGGCAACUUUCUCUCUUCCAAAGAAGGUGAAAAUAAAUCUGAUCCUGUUUCAGGGUCAAUAGUUACUUCCAUUCCACAUAUUUAUAAUGGUAACUGUUGUACUGAGUCAUUUAAUGAUGGAGCACAGUUCAGCACUCAUUCUCAGCUUCACUCACAGCCUCAAGAACCUUUAAUCUGCAAAUACUGUAGUAAACAGUUUGAAGGUACUACUGGACUAGAAGUGCAUGAAGAAGUGUGCAGGGGAUUGAGUGAUGUAUGCGUUCAAAGUGAAAACGAGCAUUAUUUGGACAAUUUUGCUGCUUCUAGUUCAAAGACUGAUGUCUCAUAUAGAAACUCAGAGCCUGAAAUGACUGAAAAUAGUCUCACUGAUCUUUCUGUCCCAAAUUGCACAUUGCCAGAAACAGACCACUUUGUUAAUAUGGUUGAUGGACAGAUACUUUAUACUUGCAAUGUUUGCAAACGUACCUAUGUUACCUUGUCCAGCCUCCGAAGGCAUUCAAACGUUCAUUCAUGGAGAAGAACCUAUCCAUGCCAUUACUGCAAUAAGGUAUUUGCAUUAGCAGAAUAUCGUACCAGGCAUGAAAUCUGGCACACAGGAGAAAGACGGUAUCAGUGUAUCUUCUGCCUUGAGACCUUUAUGACAUAUUAUAUACUCAAAAACCACCAGAAAUCUUUCCAUGCAAUUGACCAUCGACUGGGAGUAAAUAAGAAAACUGCUAAUGGAGGCUUAAAACCAAGUGUGUAUCCUUACAAACUUUAUAGGCUUUUGCCUAUGAAAUGCAGAAGGUCGCCAUAUAAAAGCUAUGAGAACUCAUCGUACGGAAGCAUCCAAAUUGACAAAGCUACUUCUAGUACUUGUAUAAUUCAGAAUGCCAUCACAUCUGAACUACCGUCGCUGAAUUUUUCAAACAAUAUGCUGUCAAACACAUCUGUUUCCUUGGAUGCAUCUCCAUGUAAUGAUGCAACUGCAGCAGCAGCUGUGAACUCUUCAAACAUUUCUUCUUCCCAUGAAGCUAGUGCAUCAGAAUCAGACCUUAAAAAUGAUACUUAUUGUGCUGAAAGGCCAUCGGUCCCCACUGAACUUAGCUCUGGUCUUCAGGAAUACGCAUCGUCUAUUAUAACAUUUAGUAGUAGUAAUGCCACUGAAAAUUCAGCCUCUGUUAUUAACUACAGUAAUUCAACAUCUUCUGUGAUAAUGCACAGUGGUAGAGUUUCAUCUGUAAUAAUGCACAGCAAUGCUAUCAGUGCAAUAGGAAACAGUAAUAUGGGAACUUCAGAUAUUACAGUCAGAACAGAUGGUGAUGAAGAUAUGCAAGGGACAGAGGACAACAAAAGAACAAGAAGCAAUAGGGAAAAGAAGAAAGUGUUAGAAUACAACAGAGAAGAGACAUCAGAUCAGUUAACAAAAAUGGCGAGUUCAGGAAUGUCCUCUAACACAACCACAGAUAUUUUUGAACCUUCAAGUAAGACUGAAACCUACAUUGCAAAACCUGCUUUACCAGGAACAUCUGCUGAUAGCAAUGUUGCCCCUCUUUGUCAAAUAACCGUCAAAAUUGGGGAUGAAGCCAUUGUGAAAAGACAUAUUUUGGGAUCCAAAUUGUUUUACAAAAAAGGCAGAAGAUCUAGACAUGAGUCCAAAGAAGAGCAUACAGUUCAGAUUACAGAACGAGAAAAAAGAGAGAGAACUGUGUCUCGUGUCUGUAGGUCAGACUACAUUGAGCUCAGUGAAAUGUGUGAUGAUGUAAGUGACCAAGACUCCAAUGAUAAGCCCUGGAGACCAUAUUACAAUUACAAACCCAAAAAGAAGUCUAAACAUUUAAGAAAAAGGAGAAAGGCAAAGUGGAGGGAAAAGUGCAGAAGUAAUUAUUCCUACAGAAGAAAUGAAAAGACAGGAGUCACAAAUUAUGCACUUAGAAACAUUCCUGAAGAAAAAAUCCUUAGUCAAGAAGAUGAGAAAAUGCCGAGUCUUCACUGUGAACUCUGUGAAAGGCAGCACUCUUCUACGGAAGAAGCUGUGGAGCAUUUGCACAAGGACACCAUUCCUUCCGAGGGUUAUAUUUGUGAGAUGUGUCAAAAACAGUUCCAGAGUCCAUCAACUCUAAGGAUGCAUAUGCGGAGUCAUAUGGGAGAGAAAACUUACCCUUGCAAAACUUGUGGAAAGAGUUUUUCUGUACCUGGAAACCUACAGAAGCAUGAGCGUACCCACUUGGGUGUCAAGGAUUUUGUCUGUCAGUAUUGCAACAAGGGAUUCACUCUGAAUGAAACGCUCAAAAUACAUGAGAGAAUUCAUACAGGAGAAAAGCGCUACCACUGUCAGUUCUGCUCUCAGAGUUUCUUGUAUCUUUCUACUAAAAGGAAUCAUGAGCAAAGACAUAAACGUGAGAAUAGUGGGAAAGGAUAUGCAUGUUUUCAGUGCCCCAAAGUCUGCAAGACAGCAGCUGCUCUUGGAAUGCACCAGAAGAAACACCUCUUCAAAAAUCCCAAGCAAGAGGAUAAAAAAGAUGAUUUAUUUCCUGAAAGCACUAAAUCUUUUGUAAAUCAACAUUUAAUUGAUUCAGAUGGACAUCAAACAACUAAACCUUUAAUUUCUCAACGUGUGAUUGAUUCAGCUGAACUUGAAGGAAGUAAUGUUCAGAAUACCACAUCAAAUGUGGGACUUUAAGAAAGAAUAUCUCAGAGAAAUGAGAGGAAGAAAGACCAGAAAUACAACAAAUUAAUGCAAAAUACAUGAAAAUUCUAAAGAGCCACCUUGGACCCCUGCAAUUAAGUAUGUAUAUACUAUAGUCUUACUUUUAGUGAGAUCUCAAAUAAUGACAUUUUCAAGAAUGACAUGUAUGCUAAUGAUUCUAGACCAAAGCAAAUAAUAUGUAAUAUUUAUACAUAGCUAUAAUUUUACAAGUAUUUUAUAUAAUUGUGUAAUUCAUAUAAAAAAACCUUGUGUUAUGUUUGAGGGCUUUGUAUAUUUUGAUAAAUUACAAUAUCUUUGUAAUUCUGUAUGUUCUCUACAGUUAAUAGAAAAGCAAGUUUAAAAUGGCAGCAUCAUGUUUAUAGUUAAACACUGGGAUUUACUAUGUCUGUGUAAUGCAUAAAAUAUUACUGGUCAAAUUAGCAUUAAAACAAGUCUAAACGAUGGUACAUAUUGUUAACGACAGUAGAUUACUACAUAAUGGCAUCUGUAUUUUUGUUUUAAAAGUAUGACUUAUCUGGUGUUCAAAACUGUGAAAACGAUCUUUCUUUUCUUUUCUUUUUUUGUAUUUCUUUCAUUAAAAUAACCAGUCUGU